UGAACUGGAGCGUCUGAGCAACCUAGUUGGUAAACCGUCUGAGAAUCAUCCCCUGCACAAUAGUGGACUGUUGAGUCUAGAUCCUGUUCAGGACAAGACACCUCUUUACAGCCAACUUCUUCAAGCCUACAAAUGGUCAAAUAAGGUAAGAGAAUACAUCAAUGCCCACCUCUCAAGCCCAUCGAGGUCGCUCUGGAUGGCAUCCCUUCCCUCCAGCGUGUCGACUGCACCACGCAGCUUGGUGUCACCAGCAGACUUGCUGAGGGUGUGUGCAAAUCCCCCUGUCCAUGUUGCUGACAAAGAUGUUAAACAGUGCCGGUCCCAGUACGAACCUGUGAGGAAUGCCACUCGUCACUGGUCUCCACUUGGACACCAAGCCAUUGACCGCAACUCUUUGAAUGUGACCAUCCCAUGUUAG